AGAGAGAGAUUCAAUCAAAGCCAUUAAGCCAACGAGCCCACCUUCACGUACGUGAAUCAACACCAUUCAUUUUCCCAUUCUUACAGCCAUGACCAAAGCGCCUCCUGUAGUAGACAGAACCAGCAGCCCCAUCUCCGACAAAGCUCACCGUCUGAAACACCACCACCAACGCACCCUCUCACCAUUUUCUUUCUACUUCCCGAAACUAUCCAUCUACAUCCUAUCCACCUCUGUCAUUCUCUUCAUUCUCUUCCAUAUCCAAUACUCCCUCCAAAUCCCACCCUCUUCCCCUUCUCCCUCAUGGUCUCUCAUGCACCAAUGGCAGAGAGUCAUCAACACCACCGCCGACUGCAACAACUACAACAACGACCUCAUGAAAUCCAUGGCAGACCAGCUCCGCCACUCGGUAACGUUUCUCCCACUCAAAGAUUUACGUUACACACAAACUGCUCUUCAGGGCCACACGUGGUUCAUGAGCUCCAUGUAUGAUUCCCACGAAGAAGGUGAGGUGCAAUACCAGCAAUUCCCUUCGGAAUCCUCACAGGGAAGGCUUCUCUGCAUCAAAGGGCGUGACAAGCACGACGGGUCCCGGAACUCGUACGCGCUGGCGUGGCCGGAAACUUUACCGUUCAACGCCACCUUUAUGAAGGGCCUAACCUUUGUGUCCUACAACCACUACAAUUAUGAUAACAUAUGGCAUGGUUUGUCCGCUAUGUUGCCCUUCGUGGCCUGGCACAAGAAGAACGGGUGUCCGAUGCCAGCAAGGUGGGUUUUGUACCACUGGGGUGAGCUCAGGCUGAAGAUGGGGGUGUGGCUGACGACUUUAAUGGAGGCCACGUUUGAAGGCCGGCCGCCGUACGUUGAAGGAUUUGAAGGGGUUGUCGAUGACGAUCAGCCAGUUUGCUUUGAGAAGUCUGUGGUGAUGAGACACAAUGAGGGAGGGAUGUCAAGGGAGAGGAGGAUGGAGGCAUACGAUUUCAUGAGGUGCAAGGCUAGGGUAUAUUGUAACGUGAGCUUGGAAGGUAGGGUUGCUGACGUCAAUGGCCGGGGAGUUCCGGUGAUCGGGAUGACCAUGUUUAUGCGGACGGGGCCGAGAUCGUUCAGGAAUGAGACGGCAGUAAUUGGGAUCUUUGAGAGGGAGUGUGCUAAGGUUGACGGUUGCCGGUUGAUGGUGGCUUACUCCAAUAAUCUCAGCUUCUGUGAGCAGGUGAAGGUGAUGAGCUCGACAGAUAUUCUCGUAUCCCCACACGGUGCCCAAUUGACCAACAUGUUCUUAAUGGACAGAAACAGCAGUGUAAUGGAGUUCUUCCCCAAAGGCUGGCUAAAGCUUGCCGGUGUCGGCCAGUAUGUCUAUCACUGGAUAGCUAGCUGGUCGGGGAUGAGGCAUCAAGGAGCAUGGCGAGAUCCCAACGGGGAUCAUUGCUCGCACCCAGACGAUGAUCGUCGCUGCAUGUCUGUUUUCAAGAGCGGCAAAAUUGGGUACAACGAGACCUACUUUGGUGAGUGGGCUAGAAAUGUUUUGAAUGAGGUCAAGGCUAGAAAAGUGGACGAAACCUCAGAGAAGAACAAUAUUGCUAGUACUUCCAUUUCUAGUAGGUGCACUUGUAGCUGAAUUAAUUGCAUCUUAGCCUCGAGCACAUAUUUAAUUCAUUUUGUAUACUUUUCUAAUAAUUUAAAGACUAAAUUUCUCUA